CCCAUUAGUCCUACUGCGUUGGCCGGGGUGUUGGCUUCCUGCUUAUGGAGAUAUUAAGCCCUCUGGCUCGACUGCGAGCGUCUUUUCUUACUCUUGGACGUUCGCUGUCAUCUUCUCGUAGACUCUUCUGUCGCAGCAUGGCCUCUGAAUCCGUAACGCGCUUUGAUUUUCUGGUGAUUGGCGGAGGAUCAGGAGGGCUGGCCGGUGCGAGGCGGGCGGCUGAACUCGGUGCCACUGCAGCCGUGAUCGAAAGUCACAAACUCGGAGGUACCUGCGUGAAUGUUGGUUGUGUUCCUAAAAAGGUAAUGUGGAACACAUCCACCCAUGCAGAGUAUCUCCAUGAUCAUGAAGACUAUGGAUUUGAGGGAGCAAAAGCACAUUUCAACUGGCAGCUCAUUAAACGCAAAAGGGAUGCUUACGUUAGUCGCCUGAAUCAGAUUUACCGGAACAACCUUGACAAGGCCAAAAUUGAGUCUAUUCAUGGCUAUGCAAGGUUCACAGAUGAUUCUGAACCCACUGUUGAAGUUAAUGGAAAAAAAUACACAGCUCCUCAUAUUUUAAUCGCCACUGGCGGCCACCCGUCCACUGUCAGUGAGGAUGAUGUUCCAGGAGCCAGUUUAGGCAUUACCAGUGAUGGAUUCUUUGAACUUGAGUCUUGCCCUAAACGUAGUGUGAUAGUCGGGGCAGGAUAUAUUGCUGUGGAGAUGGCUGGUAUCCUUUCCACUCUGGGGUCCAAAACGUCCAUCAUCAUACGACAAGGAGGGGUACUGAGGAACUUUGAUGCCUUGAUAAGCUCAAAUUGCACGAAAGAAUUGCAAAAUCAUGGUAUUGAUUUACGGAAAAAUACUCAGGUGAGGUCAGUGCAGAAGACUGACAAAGGCCUUUUUGUUACGCUGGUGACAAAAGACCCUGACGACAAAUAUGCACAAGAGAAGUACGACACCAUCCAUGAGGUGGACUGUCUGCUCUGGGCUAUUGGCAGGGAACCCAGCACCGCUGGCCUCAAUCUCAGUUCAAUAGGGUGUGAGCUUGAUGAAAGGGGACAUAUCAUGGUGGAUGAGUUCCAGAACACCACUCGAGCAGGUGUCUAUGCAGUUGGGGAUGUUUGUGGGAGAGCUCUUCUUACACCUGUUGCUAUUGCUGCUGGCAGAAAGCUUGCUCACCGGCUGUUUGAGGGCAAAGCGGACUCCAAAAUCAAUUAUAAUAACAUCCCUACUGUUGUGUUCAGCCACCCACCUAUUGGCACAGUGGGACUAACUGAAGAUGAAGCAAUCAAGACCUGGGGAAAGGACAAUGUGAAGGCUUAUACUACUUCUUUCACCCCCAUGUAUUAUGCCAUAACUACUCGAAAGAGUCAGUGCAUCAUGAAGUUGGUGUGUGCUGGCAAAAAUGAGAAGGUUGUUGGUCUCCAUAUGCAGGGUUUUGGCUGUGAUGAGAUGCUUCAGGGUUUUGCUGUGGCUGUUAACAUGGGAGCUACUAAAGAAGACUUUGACAGAACCAUUGCCAUCCACCCGACGUCCUCAGAGGAGCUAGUAACACUACGCUAAUCAAGUGUUCAUAUUCCUACACAGCUUUGUUCCAAUCUAAACAAUAAAAAAAUAAAAUUUC